UUGAAACGAUUUCACGAAUUCACUCCCGGGAAUGAGAUAUCCGUUGUGAGAAUCGGCUGAUGAUCCGAAAUUUACACCCAGCUUCCACAAACUUCCGGUUGAAAGUUUUUUUCCCUUUUCACUAUUUUCGAUGUAAUGGAAAUUCUAAGAAUCCUACGUGAUGGAAUUUAUAUCUGAAGCAUAAUGGUAUAAUUAGAUUAAACACGAAUAAGUCACCAUGGUACAUGAUAUAGAAUACAGUUUCCUUCUGUUAUAUGGGAUCUUCCUUACUGCCCAGGCCAACUAUGACCCAUUCAUGGACAAUGUUGUUUUCAAACUUGACUGGCCUGGUAGCACCUUAGAUGAUGUCAGCCCAAGCUUAGAAGAUGCUGACGGAAACAGUGUAGUUGUCACCACUGCAGAUCAAGAGAAGUACAAGUGCAUCUUGCCAGACACAAUGGAUGACUCUAAUGAUAAUAACCAGGAUGCCUAUAGUGGUCCUACAGAACUAGAGCUACUGGCUCCAUUAUUCAAGCAAUCUGCCUGUUCAUACCGGAUUGAAAGUUACUGGACAUAUGAGCUGUGCCAUGGAAAACACCUAAGGCAGUAUAAUGAAGAAAAGUUACCAGGCAAAGAUAACAUCAAAAUACAAGAAUAUUUCCUGGGUCGUUAUGUCCCCCCAAAACAAACUGAAGGUGGAGAAGAAGAAACUACCACUGAGAAAAGACAUGCAAAGCCGCCCAUUAUGAAGCUUGAGGGCAACGAUUAUGCAUACUUUGAUGUUAAGAUGUCAGGGGGUACCCCAUGUGAUCUAACACAGGAGCCCCGUCGUACAACACUGCACUAUGUGUGUCAUACAGAGGGGAAGGGAGAGAUAUAUGAGCUGAAGGAAAGCUCAACCUGUAACUAUGAUGUCAUUGUGUUGUCAAAGCAACUAUGCAAACACCCUGACUACAAACCAAAGAUCCAACCUGUAAAUGCCAUCAAGUGCCAUCCCCUUGGUAACUCCCCUGUGAGACCUAGUGCAAUGGAGGACCCCAUCACACAGUUUCUACGCAAUGAUGGAUCAACUGGACCUCAGGGGACAAUUAAAAUCAGUGUAAAUGGUGAAGAGAUUGAGACUGGAUAUGAGAUACAGAUUGAGCCUCCAGUUGAGGACAAAGAUACUUAUCAUAAAGUUGAAAGCAAGCCACUUAUACAAGAUACCCAGCUGAUUAAAGAUUUCAUGGCUGGAGACUACUGUUUAGUUGGGGGGGCUGGGUGGUGGAAACAUGAGUUCUGCUACGGCAAGUCUGCUAGUCAGUUCCAUGAGGAAAGAGGUCAAACAAAGACUGUUAUAUUACUGGGAAAGUGGAAUGAAUAUGAACAUUUAAAAUGGCUCAAAAAUAAUCCAAAUAAAAGACCUAAAGAAAAAAGCUCAAGAAAAUAUAUAUCUCAGUUUUAUAGUGAUGGUAGCAUAUGUGAUUUAACUGGAAAACCAAGACAUGUAGAAGUCAAGUUAAAAUGUCUAAAUAACCCCACCAACCCAAAUGCUGUCACUAUAUAUCUGGUAGAGCCUAAGACUUGUGAAUACAUGCUAGUGGUUGAAUCUCCAAUACUAUGUUCUAUAAUUGAGCAAGCAAACGAUGAUGGUAUGCUCCCUACAGACUAUAACAAAGUACAGCCUUAGAUUAGACCACCUCGAGAAAUAGCAAGGAUCUGGUAUUGGAUGAGGCAAAUAUUAAUAGGACAACUUAUAGGUUAA